AUGGCUCCCCAUUGUAUUUCGUCAAGAGAUUUUCUAAAACAGUUCAGUUUUCCAAUUGAACCCGCGCGGGACUUUGAGCUUGAUGGAAUUCCCGCUAGUUAUGCCGCAGGCCAUCCACGCGAGUGGGGACGGGAAACCGACGUACUCGAUUUUACCCGAACCAAGGAGAAAGAUGAGCGUGCAUACAAGAGCUACUCCACCGCCAUCAGUCCGGACCAGAAGCUGCUGGCCAUCACCACAAGCAAGGGGCCCAUUCUGAUAUACGAUGUCAAGUCGAAAGAAUUACGCCAAGUUCUCGAAGGCUCUGGGGCUUUGGUUUUCAGACCCAUCGUGAAAAAGGGUGAACAAGCAGAUACUAUUGCUGAAGAUGCGGGGGGAGAACACGAGAAACCUGCGUACACCGCGGUUAGCGGUAUACCCGAAAAGGCGUCCCGCCGAGGAUCCGAAGAUGACCAGCUGAUUCUAUGGCACUUGGACCAACAUGGUCGGGCUCUAGACGAGGAAGAGCCGAUCCUUCCUGCCAUCUUUGCGACGACAGCCAUUGAUGCCAUUGCCCCCGAACUUACAGCGAACCAUGGGUGGACCAGAGAAUUCGUGAAUGCGUCCACCCUCCAUGCACGAUUUGCAGAGGCACUUCGUCAAGUAGCUGCAGAUCACCGCAGAAGGAACAACACGAUAAUCGACAAUGCGACGCUGAGCAACUUUAGUUCCACAGCAUUCAGUAGUGACGGUCGACUACUGCUUUACCACUUCCAGAAUGGUUCAACUCAAUCUGGCAUGCGCGAGCAAGACAAGCUGCCUCAAGUGGUCAUCUACGACAUUGAUGCAAGAAUGGAGAUCCAUCGCCUAUCGGGGCACACAGAUGCCAUCAUGUGGUCAGGCAUUAGCCCUGAUAACCAAUACGUCGCUUCCGUGUCCUGGGAUGGGACCAUGCGCAUGUAUUCUUCUACCACCGGCAAACUAGGAUGGGCUACAGAGGACUCAGGUGGUCAGAGCUGGGCUGGUGCGUUCUCGUCGGACUCCAAACACAUUGUAUGGAGUUCCAAAUCCGGCAGAGUUAUCCAAGUACACGAUGUCGUUGAUGGGCGGAAGAUCUCAACGUUCCAGGAGACUUUCAACGAUUGGUGCCGCUGCCUUCAGUGGCAUCCCAUCAAAUCGCAAAUUGCACUUUGCGUUGGUACGCACGCAUACGUCUGGAGUCCGUUUGAGGGACAGAAUGGCUCCACUAUCCAACAUUUCGCCAUGGGUGACGAGAAAGACUGGAACUCCAUGGCAGGAGUCCAAGCUGUCAGCUGGCUGGACGAAGGACGACUACUGUGUCUUGAAAUAUCGGACGGCACUAAGCUAGUCUAUGAUACGCAGAGCAAUACCAAAGAGCUGUUCAGGCGGCCCAUGGGCGUGAACAUUGCUUGGGUAGAACGAGGAUUCUAUAAUCUUUUCCAGAAAGAAGGCGAAUCUAGCUUGUAUAUUAGCAUCGAUGGAGAUGGCAAGGUGAGAUAUUGGUGA